AUGAUUGUAUCUCGCCCAUCUGCUGCAUCACGUUCUGGUUCUGGCUCCUCAUCCAAACCAGUAUAUCAUUGUUCCUUUUGUAAUAAGGAAGGCCACUCUGACUCCAGAUGCUUCAAAAAGCAUGGGUUUCCAGACUGGUGGAAACCUCGAUCAAUUAAUCCCAAGGCUGGUUCAAUUGCAAGAAGCUCUGCACCUUUGCGUGCUCCAAGCACCCGGCCCAUUGCUGCCAAUGCAUCGGUUCCUUCUUUGACAGCCGAUCAACUUAAACAACUACUGGCUCUCAUUCCUCUUGGUGACCACCCAUUAGUGAACUUGGCAGAUUUUCAUUUUAAUUUAAUUUCCAUUCGCAAGCUUACAACUGAUUCUAAUUGCGUGGUCACCUUUUCCUCUGACUCUUGUCUUAUACAGGACCAUCAAUCGAAGAUGACUUUAGCGACGAGUAAGCGGCAUGGUGGUUUAUAUUUUUUGGAAGCGGUUCCUUCUUCUCCUUUUGUUUCAGUUGCGUCCCCAGCGCAUUUAGCUUUUCUCACAUCUUUAUCUAGUUCCUCAGAACCAACUACCUUUACCGAGGCUGUGAAGCACCAGGGAAAGUCUCCUAUUGGCUCCAAAUGGGUCUACAAAAUUAAACGUGCAUCUGAUGGCUCUAUUGAGUGUUAUAAGGCUCGUUUGGUCGCAAAAGGCUAUAAUCAGGUGGAGGGUAUCGAUUAUCACGAUACAUUUGCCCCAAUUGCCAAGUUAGUCACCAUCCGGUUGAUCCUUGCAGUUGCCACCAUCCGUGGCUGGCCUUUACAUCAGAUGGACGUGAAUAAUGCGUUUCUCCACGGUGAUCUCAAUGAGGAGGUGUACAUGAAUCCUCCCCCUGGAUAUCAGCGCAAGGGGGAGACUUAG